AUGUCAGAAGGUGUUAGAACACGGGCGGGCAACAAGACAGCUCACCCUGCUGCAAAAUUGGUUCCCAAACGUCGUCGUUCAACCACAGAAAUUCAGGCGCAAAAAAAGGCCAAGGCACAAGAUCAAGCUGCAGAGGAUUCCCAAGUAGAGAAAGCUGUUACAAAGCUUGCUGAGCUUGAAAACCGUCAGCAGCAGCAAGAUGAAGAUAUGGAGAUUGUAACAAACCCUGCGCCUAGCUCGCGAGCUGAUGAAGUUGACAAUGUGCUAGUUGUGGAGGAUCUGCUGGAACAACAAGAGCCCGAGACUCAUGACAACAAGCAGCCAGAGGAAUGGCAGGAAGAAUCACCUGGUUUAGGUGAAGAUGGCGAAUACGUGAAGCCUCCCAGCGAAGAAGACGAUGACGAAGGCGGCGACGAUGCUGAAAUGGAGUUGGACGACUUAGAGAUCGCCGGAAAGCAGCCCUCAAGCCGCAAAAAGAUUCGCACAGGUCGCGCAGAAGUGGAGGCAAAAAGAAAGAGCCUGAAGCAGAGUAAAGAUGCGGAUAGUCAGAUGAAGGCAAAGAAGACCAAACGCAUCGGAGGCCUAUCGGAUGAAUGGCAAGCUGCGCAACAGGCAGCGAAGGGAAAAGACAAGAACUCCUCCUCUGACUCGACUCCUGGCCAGCGUGAGCCUGAAGUAGAGAUUCAAGUUAACGAUUAUGCAGGACUUGAAGAUGAUGCAAGGGACGAUACCAUCAAUGAGCGCGAAGUGACCGUUGCAUCUUCAACAGAACGAGUUGCUGAUCUCGGCCCUCAGACUCUUGUCAAGAUCAAGACCACUAUCACCUGUGGAGAUCCUGCCACACGGCGCAAAGGCAAGAGCGGUCAUCGAGCUAAGCCAAAGGUGACGGAGCUAGCACCUGAGCUCCGCCAGGCAUUCGGUGACACCAUUGCGCCUCUCAUCCGAGAGUACGCUGGUGCGCAGGAUGUGUGGUUCAAGAUUUCUGUACAGGAUCUUGAAGCCCUUCUGUCGAAAGGCUUGGGGCAUACCGCGGUGGCCAAAUAUGACCUUUCCGACCCAACUGACGCUUUAAUGAAGUUGUGCGCAGAAACUCUACAUCAGUGGAGGAACCAAUUCGCACAAGAGGCCGAGGAGGCCGUCAAGACUUUGAUCUCGGAAGACGAGCAUCUUGAUUCCAAGGAGAAGAUCAAAGACUUCGUCACGUACAUGCUUGGGGAUGAGGCUGGUAAAGCGCCCUUUGUAUACGAGAGCUGGGGAGGAGGAACGAAGCGAUCAGGACGCUUCGCACAUCCUUUGAUCAUUGCUACGUUCGCCCACCAUGUUGCCAAGGUUCUCAUGCCGGUUGAAGCCGCCGGGCACAAGACUACAGGUUCCCCUCAGGGCGCGCUGAUUCAUUGCAUUCUCGCAGCAAACCGUGCGCUCCGCUUCUGGAAGACGGGCGAGUUCAUGAAGCCCACCGGUAGAGCAAGCCACUACUCGCAGGAUAACUGGGGGGACACAAGCAUAUGGGUGGUCAAUGACGAGACUAAGGAGAAGGUAUUGCAGCUGGUUGCUCGCACCUCACGCUGGAACAAGUCAGUGAAGAAGCUGGGAGCCGAAGAGUGGAGGCGCUUGCACGAGGAAGCAAUCGAGUAUGCGCAAAUCCGAUACGCGGAUAUUCCUGAGGUUGUUGCAGAUCCCUCAACCUCUAGUGGGUUGUCAGAGGCCGACGACUUCGAGCUCGAGUCCGAUGGCUCUAACAGGGAUUACAGCACAAUCGUGUCGCAGCUUCUUCGCUCUACUUCGCUACUAGUAUCCGCUACAAUGCAGCUCUACACACUCAUCACUACCCUUGCCCUUGCCGCAGGCAUGGUCAACGCUCAGACCGUGUGUGUCCCGCCCUGCGUCACUGUCACGAUACCCCUUAUCGGGACGAUCCCCAUGCCAGGCCUUACGUGUGCUACCGGCUUCACAUGCUCGACUCUGGGUACUGGAACAGUUAGUAUCCUUGGUACCAGCGUCGGAGUUAAUGCUGGGACGUGCGUACCGUCUUAA